AUGUUAAGUGCAUUAAGUAUAGUGGUAUCCAGCGUAUAUUUGAAAAACCACAUUUGUAUACAAGCUAAUACUGAAGAUGACUCCGGUUAUGAGAUACAGACAACCAAGUUCUUUAUGAUUGCAGUACACCACCACCCCACUGGACUGCUUAAGACAGCUAAAAGUGUUGGAUUUCAAUAUCCUACUACAUUAAGAUUAUUCCACAUCGGUUAUGUUCUAGGCGUAAUAUAUGGAUUCUUGUUCUCACUCAUCUUAACAGCGAGAGAAAACUACUACUCAGAUGCUAGUCUAAUCAGUAGCAUCGUACUUGGAGUUAUCAUCUCUGAGACAGGAUUAUUUAUCAGCUUUUUCUGGGGAGUAUAUACUACGAGUUGGACUACUGGUUUAGAUCUUGAAGGUCUUUGUUUACCGGAUCCAAGUUCUCUUGUGCUUUUCAUGACCAUCAUGUUAAGUGCAUUAAGUAUAGUGGUAUCCAGCGUAUAUUUGAAAAACCAACAUUUGUAUACAAGCUGUACGAAUAUCAUGACAUUCACUUUGGUAGUCGCCUUCUUAAUGUUAGUCU